CUGAAGCUUAUCGAAAUUAGUCGUCAGAUAUCGUCACCAACUUUCAUUGUGCUAAGAAUUUUACAAAAUUUCGGAAAUUUCAAUAUAAAAAUUAUAUUUGAUACUCGAAGAAAAGUGUAAAAUUUCUAAAAGAAGAAACUUUCAAUAUAAAUUCACUGUGCUUUAAAGUUGCCUUUGAAUUGUAUGUUCAACAAAAGAAAAAUAAUCGACUUUCCAAGUCAGUCAAAUUGUGCAAAUAAAGUAAUCUGAAGAAAGGAAAACGAAAAGGUUGAGAACGACGAAUUAAAAAGUAUUGGUUGUGUACUGUUUUCGUUUCGUGACUUUAAGCAUAUAAUACAUCAUAUUCAAGACGGCACAACUAUUACUAAGCUAUUAUUAACAAAAAAUGGCAUGUGCAACACUCAAACGUACUUUAGACUGGGAAGCGUUAAAUCAACGGCCUUCGAAACGCAGACGUUGCAAUCCGCUCGGGCAUUCAUCAGGAAAUGGAUCAUCACCAUUGCGCUCAUCUGCAGCUGCCAUCACUUCCUACGAAAACAUUCAUAGUCCCAGCGGUAGCCGCAUUUCUAAGGAACCACAGCCCAAUCCAUUCACAGAGGCCAAUCUGUCAAAAAUUUCUCCAGAUAAAAUGGCUCAGGAUAUUCGAGAUGAAAUCAAACGACUGCACCGCUGUAAACGUCUUCAAUUUUCAUCGUCCACCAUAGACGGUAUGCAACAGGACUCAGAAUCUAGUGGUUCCGAAAUGGGCGCCGAAAGUCCACGUCGUCCAGACACCCCACCGAGCUUGGUGCGUAACCCGGAGAAGGCGCUUUUUACAUUUAAACAGGUGCAAUUGAUAUGCGAACGUAUGCUGAAGGAGCGAGAAGAUGAGAUACGUGAAAAAUACAAUGCUGUGCUGACUACGAAGCUCGCCGAGCAGUAUGAUGCGUUUGUAAAAUUCACUUACGAUCAGAUACAGAGGCGCUAUGAAGCCACGCCAAGCUAUCUUUCAUAAUCGGACCUCAGGCGUACUUUAUUACUAGUCGCUAAGAUUUCAUCGCAAAUAUACAUAAGUACUGUAUGUAUAUGCGCAUUUUUUUUUUGUUGAAAACUACAAUGGAAUGGAACGCCCAUCCUAACUAUUGACAAUUUGAAGAAGAGAACUGAAGCGAAAGCAUUGAAAUAUUCGUUUAAAUUAUGAAAAACGCCCGAAAUAUAAAAUGAAAUUGAUUGACUCAUAAAAUUA